UACUUCCUUGACCAUCGAGGAGAUUUAUUUGCUCACGGUCAGGUUCCACGGAUCUACUGCGCUUCACACUACGCACAUUUCGUGCCAAAGCAAUUGUUUGGAGAGACGCCGACUGGGUUUCUAACAGAUCUGUAGAUAAAUCGGCUAUUUCCCUGAAAGUUGCAAUGGAGUUUUGGUUACUAUCUCUCCCAUUGGAUAAAACGAGCGUAGCCAGCCUGGAUAAAUUGAAACGUACCAUCGCCAAAACCAACCUGGCCACUUGCGGCAAGCUCUCCAUCCCUGAGCUCAAGGUGGGGACAUUGGACAACCUACUCAGUGUGUCAGAUAACCUCAGCCAGCUCGACACACUUACGGAAAGUGUUAUUAAAAAGACAUGCCACUUUAUGGGAGAGGUGAUGGAGCAGGCCAGUGACAAAGUGCUGGAAAAGGGCCUUGUAAAUGGAGUGGACCUGGUGAAAUAUGUGACCAAGUUUCAGUGGGACAGAGCCAAGUAUCCCACCUCUCUGCCCCUCAGGGUACUGGCAGACAACAUCAACAAGCAAGUGUCCCAGGUGGAUGCCGAGUUCAAAUCCCGGGCGUCGACGUACAACAGCAUCAAGAGCAGUCUGCACUGCCUGCAGCGCAAAGCGGAGGGCAACCUGCAUACCCGCGGGUUGAAUGACAUCGUAACCAGAGAGGAUGUGAUGGAAUCGGAGUAUUUAACCACACUACUGGUGGUGGUUUCCAGGGGGGACUAUAAGCAGUGGGACAGCACCUACGAAUCCUUCUCGCUGUUUGUGGUGCCGCGGUCCAGCAGGAUGCUGUACGAGGACACCCAGUGCGGGGUCUUCUCCGUCAUCCUGUUCAGGAGAGCUGUCAGCGACUUCAGAGAGAGAGCCAAACAGAGCAAGUUCACAGUGCGUCAAUGCAACAUGGAGGUGGAGGAAAAACACCUGCAGGAAAUACAGAGGCUGAACGUAGACAACAAGGAGCAACAUGUAGUGUUUGUGCGUUGGCUGAAGGUCAACUUCAGAGAGGUGUUUGUUGCUUGGAUUCAUCUGAAGGCAUUGCGGGUGUUUGUGGAAUCAGUCCUCAGGUACGGGCUACCUGUAAGCUACCAGGCGUUGCUGCUGCAGCCGGACAGGAAGCGUGUGAAGAGGCUGAGGCAGGAGCUGUCCACCCUCUUCAUGCACCUGGAACCCUCUGCCAUGUCCAACAAGGUCGACGCCAGCUUUGAUGUCCCAGAAAUGAUUCAGCAGGAGUACUUCUCCUAUAUCUGCUUCCAAAUCAACACCAACAUGUUGGACACUGGCAAGUAGCGGCCGGAAGAGCCAGCAGGGUCAUUCAACAGGAAGUCCCGCCCCUCAUUCUGCAUCUUCUUUUUCCCGGAGCCAAACAGAGGUGAUGCAGGAACGCUGCAGGAUGUCUCCUGAAACACAAGUUGGGUGUCCAAACGCAACCAUCGUGCAUGUCUUCCAUGCUAGCAAGGAUUGCCCACACUACUACAGCUACCCAUACAUUUGUUGUUAUUCUGAUGGAUCCCUUCAUGCCACACUGUUAAUAUGGUCAUCGACUGUAAAAAAAUAUAUACAUAUAUAUGGGUUGGGGGGGUUGAAAUCUAUAUGGGGAGGGGGUUGAAAGUGGUACGAUUAUUAUACAGACGAUGCUUAAUCUCAUUAGGAAUUUAGGAACUAAAUGAACGUUUUGAUAUAUAUUGAAUGUAUAUUUACAGAAAUGUAUUAUGUAAUCUUGAUCUUUCAUGUCUUACAGUCUUAUUCACAAAUAUGUUUCUAGGAUUUUACAAAAUAGCCCAGCAAACCAACCAAGUUAAAGGUCAUUAUAAAUAAAAGGUUGA